GGAGACUGGAUAAAGUUGUCAAAAUUUAUCCAAGGCUCCUAUAGUAGUGUUACAUUUUUGGUUUUGUAAUAAUUAUAUACCUAUAUAGAUUUCCUUGGGAACCUAUGUGGGGAACGUAAAAGUUUAUUUUAAUUCGUGAAUCUAUUUCUCUUUCGCUUCGUCGUUGAUUAUUUGUGUUAUUUCGUUGUAACAUUAAUUAGUCAGAAUGACAAUGGGUGAUGAAUUGCCUGUCACAUCUUUGGUUUUGCCUGUUCUUAUACGUCCUGUACUAUCUCAGUUAGAAAAAUAUGAUUUGGGAGCUUCGCAAACUUUACGGGCUGCCCUUACCAAAGCUGAAGCUGCUGUGCCAGGACUAAAUUAUGAUUUAGUGGCUGGCAUCAUGAGAAGAGCCGAAAUUCCUGUUAACAUGAAUGAAAGUCUGCUCCGACUUCAAGGAACACUGACUGAGGCAGAAUGUGUGGAUCUAAGAUUGAACAGAUCUGAAGAAGCUUUUCAAGAAUUAAAUAAGAAAUCAUCUGCAUUGAAAAAAAUUCUAAGCAGAAUUCCUGAUGAAAUUACUGACAGAAAGACAUUCCUGGAGACUAUCAAGGAAAUAGCAUCAGCUAUAAAAAAAUUAUUGGAUGCAGUCAAUGAAGUGUCAACCUACACUCCUGGCACUGGAAAGCAAGCUCUGGAGCAAAGGAAAAGAGAAUUUGUCAAAUAUUCAAAAAGGUUUUCUAACACACUUAAGGAGUACUUCAAAGAGGGGCAAGCCAAUGCUGUAUUUGUGAGUGCACUCUACUUGAUUUACCAAACCAACCAAAUUUUAUUUACUGUAAAAAAUAAAUCGGAAUAAGUAUUAAUUUCGAUGUUCCAUUAGAUAAAUAUGUAUAUUGUUUUAAUAUAGCUGUAAAAGAUUUUUAUUGUUAAUACUACUUACUGAUUAUAUAGAGCUAUACUUCUAGAAUAAAAAAUGGUAAUUUUAACGUGUACCCUUACAUCUUUUUUUUCUGAUUUUUCAAAAAUGUAAAUAACCUUUCAUUACUUUUUAGUGUACAACAUGUUUUAUAUUAAUAAAAAAACUUGGGUGUCAGAUAUAAAAGAGGAAUAUAAAAUAAAGAUUCGAAAACUAAAGUAUGACAGUGGAGAAAUUUAACAUAAAAGAGUCUGUUAUUGUCAAAUCAUGUUAUUUCCUCCAUAUUUCAUUUAAGCGACGUCAUAUAGCCCAUGAUACUUAUGACACCAAAAUGUAGCUAACGAUCUUUAUUAAAAUCGGUUAGCGAGGCGAGAAAAAUGUGUAAGUAUUUCAGUUUUCCGUUCUUGCGGCCGUUUCUCUGGUGGUACUGUGGAUAUUUCAAAGUUAAACGAUACCACCAAGUAAUAGAGUUGUACCACUAGUUAAUAUCACUUUUGGCAUCAACAAUAUUUUUUUGUUUAAUGCAUAUUUUAUGAAUCUACACUUUUGGACUGACUCUAGGAUAUUGCUCAAAUUGAAUUUAUCACAUAACUGCGAACAUUUGGGUCAGAAUCAUUUGGGAAGACGACACCCAAAUUAAUAAAGUGGGCAAAUUAGGGCCUACAAGUGGAACAAAUACUUACAUACAUAGACUGUUAAAUACAUUAGCAAGUCAUAUAUUUUUUAAAUCAUAAAUUAUACUAAAAAGUAACGAAAUGAUUUGCUUUUUUACUUGAGAAAAAAUAGGCUAUACUUACUUGUUUUUGGUGAUGGAAAUAUACCUCGUACGUAAGUGCGUAAAAGAUAACGUUUAAUAUGAUAUUGUAAAGUAUAGAUUAUUUAUUUUUUCAGCUUAUAAUAAAAUUGAAUGGAAAUAAACAAAUCCACGAUUCGUUUGCUUUACCGUCGAACUAACUUGAACUUCUGAACUGAUUCUAGUAAUAAAAUUUUAAGUAUUUUUUUGUUAAUAAAGUAAAUUAAGUAAUUCUAAGAGUUAAGAAUAUAAAAAAAUCCAGUGUCCAUAAACUGGUUUCAUAUACAGAUUAACAUUGACCAGAAUUGUAGGAAAUGCAUGUAUCGUUUAUUACAUGUAAACAGAGGUCUAUCUAUUUUUUCGGGGUAUAAUCUAUUCAAUACAAUUGCUGGAAAUUUGCACUUAUAACACAAUUGUCAAAAUUUUAAAGCAGAUCACUUGCUGUAGUGAUCUGCUUUAAAAUUUUGACGAUUGAAAGUAAGAAUAAUAGCUCAGUCUACCUACAAAUAUUUAUUUACGAAUUAAUUAAGAAAAAUCUAUGAUAAGAACUAACAUUUGUAACGGCGAAAUAUUGUGUUACCCAAUUUACGGUAUGGGCUUGGUUGUAUUUGUAUUUAAUAUAUAACAUUGUUUUAAAUUUAGAUUUAUUAAUGGCACGUUAUUUUUGAUUUGAAAGCAAACAUUAAACUUUUUAU